CGCUGCCGGCUGAGACCUGCCUCUUCAGCCGAGUCUGGAUGAAGGCCAGAGGACCCACACCUGGGUGCUGGACGAAUGCACCCGGCCAGGGUACCCGGCCCACACAGCGACCCUCUCUUCUUAGGACCUGGGCCUCAGAGGACGAAAGUUGAGCCUUAGGACUUUGACCAAGUAAAAUGAGGGGUACUGACGUUACUUUGCUUACGGGAUUUGUUACCUUUAGGAGUAUUACACCUUUAGAUAAAAAAGUUGUAGAACAGAGAAUAACAUUUGUUUUGAUGGAGGUUUACAGGAACAUAGUGACCUGACCAUGACCUGAUCUACAUGGACAGCUGCAAGAACAAAGGAUCGGACUCCAAGAAGUUUUCAACAACUAACCACAGCCCUCCCUCACCUUUCCUGUAAAAGGGGUUUUUAAACCACCUGUCUCCUUGCUUGGCCCUGCAAUAAACCUUUCUCUGCUUCAAACUCUGACAUUUCUGUAUUGCUGGGCUCGCUGUGCGUUGGGCACAGGGACUGGCGUUUGGUAAUAGUAAGAUGUUUGCCCGAGUUGUUUUGCAGGAACUUGGAAUCAGCUGUGUCUAGUUUGAGCUGAGCUGGUUAAGACUAGAUGGGACCACCGACCCUCCAACUGGGCAUGCGUGAGUUUCUGCUUGGUGAUCUUUUGAACGUGCAAAGGCCUGUAGCUUAGUUACACCUGUGUAGAAUGACCUUCCCACACCUUUUCCCAAUCACCUUUCCCAUGACUCUGAUCUUCCUGCUUCUUUUUUAGCCCAUAAGUAUCCCAAGCCUCUUUCAGGGAAGCCAAUUUGAGACGGUUCUCCCUCUCUUUGCUGCAAACCUUGGUGUCUCAGUGUUUGGCUUGCUAUGCAUCGGACAAAACAAACCUGGCUCAGUAACAGUUCCUCGCAAACCCAAGUGGUUUAAAAACCCACUCAUCUGGUGCUGCUUGGAGGGCUGUCCCUGACACCAGUGCUGGUCUGUGACAAGAAUGAAACAUGACUGAGGACUCCCAGAGAAACUUCCGUUCAGUAUAUUAUGAAAAAGUGGGGUUUCGUGGAGUAGAAGAAAAGAAAUCAUUAGAAAUUCUCCUAAAAGAUGACUGUCUGGAUAUUGAGAAACUUUGUACUUUUAGUCAGAGGUUCCCGCUCCCAUCCAUGUACCGUGCAUUGGUCUGGAAGGUGCUUCUAGGCAUCUUGCCUCCACACCAUGAGUCCCAUGCCCAGGUGAUGAUGUAUCGCAAGGAGCAGUACUCUGAUGUCCUUCACGCCCUGGAGGUCAUUCGCUUUAUCAGUGAUGCCACCCCUCAGGUUGAAGUCUAUCUCUACAUGCAUCGGCUGGAGUCUGGGAAGUUGCCUCGAAGCCCCUCCUUUGCACUGGAGCCAGAAGAUGAAGUAUUUCUUGCCAUUGCUAAAGCCAUGGAAGAGAUGGUGGAAGAUAUCAUUGACUGUUACUGGCUCACCCGAUGCUUUGUGAACCAACUGAAUAACAAGUACCGGGAUUUUCUACCCCAGCUGCCAAAGGCUUUUGAACAAUACUUGAACCUGGAAGAUAGCCGACUGCUGAGUCAUCUGAAGACGAGUUCUGCAGUGUCCAAACUUCCCUAUGAUCUCUGGUUCAAGAGAUGUUUCGCCGGCUGCUUGCCUGAAUCCAGCUUACAGAGGGUUUGGGAUAAAGUCAUAAGUGGAUCCUGUAAGAUACUAGUUUUUGUAGCUGUGGAAAUUCUCUUAACCUUUAAAAUAAAAGUAAUGGCACUGAACGGUGCAGAGAAGAUAACAAAGUUUCUGGAAAAUAGACAUAGUAUACUUUUACAUCAUAAGAAACAAUUUUCCCCGGGAAGUUUCAAGUUGGUCUGUGGAUGUAGUGCUGUCCUUUGGGGUCAGUGGUCUGAGCAGCAAGUCUCCACGAGUGUAUGCGCCUGGGACUGGAGUCUCAUCCCCUGAUGUGACCCCUAGGAGGUUUGUCAAGAAGAGGACGAGGUGAGAUCUUUACUUUAGGGUGACUGAUCUUUGUUGCUGGAAAAGGAAACCUGAUGUUUUGAGGGAUUUUGUAAGUCCUUUCAUUUCUGUUGCUAUCUCUGGUAGAGUCCCAGUUGGAUUUGUUAAUGUGCUGAAAUGUAAACUUAGAGCAUGUUGAAAAGGGUCAAAAUGAAUCUGUUUUUCCCCGUCUUUGUAUCUUAGAAUACCCUUAACCAGGCAAGAAGAGGUGGAAGUAAAGAGACUUAGGUGUGAAUGAAUGUCACUGGACCCCAAAUCUAUAUAUUUUAAUCAGUCAACGUUAACAGUUGAACAGUGGCCCAGUAAAUAAGUACUAAGUGAAGGUAUGUUGGAUCAAAGAACUGUCAUCGUUGUAAUAAUUAGUGGCUCACAGUGCCAGGGCCACUGCUAAGUAUUUUUUGUGAAUUAUGUCAUGUAACCCGGUAAAGAGCCCUGUGAAUUGCGACUAUCAUUUGCCUCAUUUUAGAGUCGGAGAUCUGAACCCAGGGAGCUCAGAUAACCUGCCCAGGAGUCCACAAGUAGUGGACAGUGCAGGAUUCGACCCUAGGCGGUAUGACACGACUGCUCCUUGCUGCGGCCUCAGGUGGCGCAUGAAACAGAUCCUGGCACUAGCCUCCUGUGCGAUCACUUUCUGAAAAAUGCUGAAAACUCCAGUGGAAAUGAGAUUUGUACCAGAGUGAAAAUGAGGGAGAUACUGAAGUCGGAAACACAUUUCAGAGAUUGGUUUGCUUGUUUACAGAUCCCCCAGGACAGCUCGGAUGCGAUUGUGAGCAAGGCCAUCGACUUAUGGCACAAACACUGCGGGACCCCGGUCCACUCCGCCUGAACAUUCCUGACAUUGUGGACAGUCUGCCAGGCCUGCCCAGAGGGCUUUUUUGGGACAUGAUCUACUAAACUGAUAAUAGGGUUCUCACUUUGGUACUCAAAGUGUAAUUGUUUUCCCAGCAAAAUUUAUUUAAGAUACCUGGAGUCACUGUGUUGUGGAAUGGCAUCUUCUGAUUACACAGAACUACAGAGUUCAACUCUGAAUAGCAUUUAAAAAAAAAUAUUUUAUUGAAGUAUAUAGGUGAUUUACAAUGUGUUAAUUUCUGUACAGCAAAAUGAUUCAGUUAUACCUACAUAUACAUUCUUUUUCAUAUUCCUUUCCGUUACGGUUGAUCACAGGGUAUUGAAUAUAGUCCCCUGUGCUUAUACAAUAGGAACUUGUUCUGAACAGCAUUUUGAAAGCGUUGUUUGAAAACAGCUCCCAGCUUGUACAGCAGUUGAGUCAGGGUGGGUGGGUGCUUCAGGAAGCAGGGUGUAACCAAGCUUGCCCUGCUCCUCUCUACUUAGCACCAAGCUAGUUACUUUCUAAGGUCUAUUUCUGGAAUGACAAACAGCUUCCUUACGUUGACAACUCAGAAUCGGCUUUUGUUGAUACAGUACCUGUUGAAAUCUAAGCAGACUUUCUAAAUCUUCUGAAAUCUAAAUCUGUUUUCUGAGACUUUAUCUUGCUAAAUAGGUUUAAAUAAAGGCCUUACAUUUUUUUUUUCUC